AUGACCUACGACACAUAUCGUCACUUUCACGUAACCACGCCGGCACCAGGCGUUUCCCACGUGGAGAUUAACCGGCCGGAAAAGAUCAACGCCUUCAGCAAGCCCAUGUGGCUCGAGUGCGGCAGGCUCUUCGACCAGCUCAGCUCCGACGCGGACGUGAGGGCCGUGGUUCUCAGCGGUGCGGGCACCAAGGGCUUCUCGGCCGGGCUGGACGUCCAGGGCGGCGGGGGGGAUCUCGUUGCUCCGGGGGGGGAGGGGGUGGACGCGACGAGGAAGGCAAAGUUUCUGAGGGGGUUUAUCGAGGAUUUCCAGCGUUGUAUCGGUGCUAUCGAACGGUGUGAGAAGCCCGUCAUAGGCGUCAUGCACGGGAUAGCAUACGGUCUGGCCAUUGACAUUGCCUGCUGCGCCGACGUGCGCAUCUGCACCUCGGACGUGCGCUUCUCCGUCAAGGAGGUGGACAUUGGCAUGCCUGCCGACAUCGGCACGCUGGCGCGGCUGCCCAAGAUCGUCGGCUCCCUGUCGUGGGUCAAGGACGUGUGCAUGACAGCGCGCGUCUUCGACGCAGAGGAGGCCCUCCGUCAGGGAUUCGUGAGCGCCGUGUACCGCCGACGCGACGACGGCCAUGGCGGCGAAGGCGAGGCCAAGGAGGAGGCCGUGAGGGCGGCCGUCGGGAUGGCCACGCUGCUAGCGGGCAAGAGCCCCGUCGCCGUGCAGGGGACCAAGGAGCUGCUCAACCAUGGGAGGGAGCAUACUACGGCUGAGGCGCUGCGGUACACGGCCGUCUGGAACUCGGUCGCCGUGCAGGGGGAUGACAUGGCCAAGGGUUUGGGGAGUGCGCUUGCUAGGACGACGCCAAGGUUUUCGAAGCUCUAG